AUGCAGCGAACGAAACAACAAGAGAAAGAUAUAGAACAAAAUCUACGUCGUAUUCAAAAAUUACAAUUAGAAAAUUCAGUUACAAAAAUCAAUUCAAAUAAAUAUACAAUGGAAGAUUUUCCAAAUGAAAUUUUCUAUGAAAUAUUUGAAUAUCUUGAUCUAUAUGAUAUUUAUAAAGGAUUUUACAAUCUUAAUACACGAUUUCGAGAUUUAACUAUUCAUGCAAAUGUUUUAACUAAAAUCAAUCCUUCAAUAAUGUCAAAUUCAAAUUUUAAAGAUUAUUAUCAAAAUAUUGUUAAGCCAAAUCAAAAGCAAAUUAAUUUUCUUCGUUUAAUAAAUCCAUUUGUCAUUAAUAUUAUUUUCCCAUCACCACGUACUAUUUUAAAUUUUAAUUCUCUUGAAACAUUAAUUCUUGAUAACUUACACAACAAAAAGUUUGACGAAUUCUUUGAUCAUUUUAUGCACUUACCUAAUCUUCAUUCAUUAAAUAUCUCUCUUACUGAGUGUAUUAAAUCAUUAUAUAUUCUUUUUUGCCAAAUAUUUCGUUUACCAAAAUUAAAAUAUUGUAAAAUUGAAUAUUAUUCUGAAAAUAACGAAGAACCAUUAUAUAUUGAUUUAAAUUAUAAUUGUAGUUCUAUUGAACAUUUAAUAAUAAAUGGUCCUUUUCCAUUUAAUACAUUUAAUAAUUUAUUAUGUUGUCUUCCUAAACUUAAACAUUUAUCAAUGAAUUCUAUUGUUGGAUCUCAAAUGAUUAGCGAAAUACAAGAAUUAUCUCCAAUUGAAUUAAAAUAUUUCAAGCAUAUUUCUCUUAAAAUUGAUUAUAUUCAUUUUGGCAAAUUUGAAAAAAUUGUUAAAGAUUUUUUUCAUCAUGUUCAAACCAGAGAUGUGCGUUCUUUAGAUGCUAAACAAUAUCAAGAAUUAAUAACAUCAUAUAUGCCAUAUUUACGUAUUUUUGAUAUAAAUCAUGAAUAUUCUAUAGGAAAGAAUGAUUUAACAUAUCAUGAUAUAAUUAAUCAGUUUAAUUCUUCGUUUUGGAUUGAAAAUAAAUGGUUUUUUACACAUCAACACCGUCGAACACUUGGACCACAUACUGGAAUUUUUUAUUCUACAGCUCCAUAUCGGCGAAAAUAUUAUACGUAUUAUUUGACAUUGAAUAAUGAAGUUUGUUCACAUAUUCAAGAAAAUGUAAAUUCAGUUAAACAUCUUCAUAUUGUUAGCCAAGGAAUACAAAAUAAUGUUCUUAAUUAUUUUCCAAAUGUUAAUCAAUUAAGUAUUAGAUAUAUAUCUAAAAAACAAAAUGAAUCGACUAUAGCAAUUCUUCAACGUAUCGUGCCUUUAAAACAACUUACGACGUUAUUCAUUAAAUAUAUUGAUUUACCAGUGGAAUAUCUUAUUAAACUAUUAUAUUUUGCACCUAAUGUGCAUACAUUAAAUUUAAUUGAAUUACCUUCCAGUGUUACUGAUCUAAAAUUGAUAAAAGAAAAUGAAACUUCAAAAUGUGUAUCAAAUAUGAAUAAAAUAGAAAAUCUGACUAUUCGUCGUUGGAUCACAUUCUAUGAAAUUCCAUUUAUCCUUCAUUUCUUUCCAAAAUUAAAAUAUCUUAAAACACAAAUACUUACACAUGAAACACGAAAAAUAAUUCGAUUAUUGUUAUCAGAAACUCGCAAUCGAAUAAGAAAUUUAUUAAAAACUACUCCAUAA